AUGUGUCGACCUGUGUGCGCCUGCUUGCCUGGAUACUCCGGCGAUCCACUCUCGCAGUGUGUGAAGAUCGAAUGUGUCGGUAAGUUUUGGUGUUCAGGGGUCGGGGCAGAUUGCACACACGGCAGUGUUAGACCUGUGUGCGCCUGCUUGCCUGGAUACUCCGGCGAUCCACUCUCGCAGUGUGUGAAGAUCGAAUGUGUCGGGGUCGGCGCACACUGCACACACGGCAGUGUUAGACCUGUGUGCGCCUGCUUGCCUGGAUACUCCGGCGAUCCACUCUCGCAGUGUGUGAAGAUCGAAUGUGUCGUUUGGUGUUCAGGGGUCGGGGCAGAUUGCACACACGGCAGUGUUAGACCUGUGUGCGCCUGCUUGCCUGGAUACUCCGGCGAUCCACUCUCGCAGUGUGUGAAGAUCGAAUGUGUCGGUAAGUUUUGGUGUUCAGGGGUCGGGGCAGAUUGCACACACGGCAGUGUUAGACCUGUGUGCGCCUGCUUGCCUGGAUACUCCGGCGAUCCACUCUCGCAGUGUGUGAAGAUCGAAUGUGUCGACAACAGUGAAUGUCGCGCUCACCAGUCGUGCGUCAACCAACAUUGCAUCAACCCUUGUGAGGGUGCUUGUGGACACAACGCUAAUUGCGAUGUCCGCCAACACGUUCCAGUCUGCACUUGUCCCCCUGGCUACACGGGAAAUCCUUUCUCGUCAUGCAGAAUUGCUGAUCCUGAGGAAGCUUGCCACCCGUCUCCAUGCGGUCAGAACACCAAGUGUCAUGUUUCAAACAACCAAGCCAUCUGCACUUGUCUCCCUGGAUACAGAGGUAGCCCGCUAUCAGGCUGCAGACACGAGUGCGACUCCGACAGCGACUGCGGCACGCAACAGUCGUGUCGCGAGUUCAAGUGUGUGAGCCCUUGCAGUGACUGUGGGGUCAAUGCUGACUGCGAGACUGUCGCUGCCCAUCGCGCCGUCUGCAAGUGUCCUAGAGGCUACCACGGCGAUCCUUACCGCAUCUGCUCAGCCGAGUGCACGUCCGACAGCGAGUGCCCGAGCUACAAGCCCGCAUGCGUGUACAACGCGUGUAUCAACCCUUGCACUAACGCGUGCGGCGUCAACGCCGACUGCAACCUGCGCGGCUUGACGCCCGUCUGCUCCUGCCCUAAGACCCACACCGGUGAUCCGUUCUCCUUCUGCAGGCCUUUCGAAGCGCGUGACCUGUGCGAGCCAAACCCUUGCGGUGCAAACGCUAAAUGCACGCCGGGCCACGACCGCACCGGCGCGGAACGCCCUGUGUGCACCUGCCCUACCGGAUACCGUGGCAACGCGCUCGUAGCCUGUGAAAAGGGUCAAUGCGAGCUGGACUCUCAGUGCCCGGACCACUUGGCAUGCGUCGGCUAUGACUGCGUGGACCCGUGUCUCGGCAACACGCAGUGCGGCGCCGGCGCCGUGUGCGUGGCGCGCCGACACAUCGCCGUCUGCACUUGUCCGGGAGACCACCACGGAGACGCCCUCGUGAGCUGCUACCAGUCUCACUCAGAAGCCGUCUCCACGCGCUACUAUCGGUACAAGCGAAACGGAAACUUCACUGAAAUUGAAGAACCUCCUAAAGAGCCAACUAAACUCGCCACUGAUCUCAAAGAGCCAACGAAAGCCACUGCCCCUGUUGAUGAUAGCCAGAAAAAGGAAUAAUUGACUUUAAUUAAAAAUAACAUUAAAAACAUAAUAAGCGUAAUUUUUGACAUAAUUUGCGAAUUGAUCCUUCGUUCUAGAUCGUCUUGCCUCGAACAUGGACGUGAAUAAUUUUUACUUUCAUGUACACGAAAAAUAAAUUAUCUUUAACAUUGGAUCGAUUGGAUGGAUAAUAAAUGAACUUCAAAUAAACUUUUUUUUU